ACCGUACACGCACACUCACACCACCAUCCAUGAUCACCACCACUGUCACCACCACUGUCACCACCACCACUUCGCCCGCCACAAGAUGAUUUGUUCUAUCUCACACCGGGACAACUUCCCGUGGCUGAUUCAAGUAUAGAAAAUAUUAAACUACACAACCAGAACCACCAAAGGAAAUGCAGCAGAAAACUUUAAUAGACCCAAAGCAACCCAGGAAGCAGUUCAGUGGGCCCAGUGGGUCUCGGGAGUCUCCCGCGUCGUCGUUUUUUUUUUCAAUGUGCAAAUUUGCUGUUGCCCUGGAAGUUUCCUUAACUCGAAGAAGGCAUCCACUAAUAGUCUCACACCAUCACCACUCGUCGUUUUUCCCCCUCCUUGGGAAGAGGGAAAAAAAAGCCACACUUUCUCGGCUCACUCGCCCUUUUCUUUUUCCGGUUUUCCCAUUAAUCUUUUAUAUUCAUCACUCUUCCCUUCCUGCAUGGGAACGUCCUGCAUCCUUCCGGCAUGCUGAUCUUGCUAUUUCCAUCCAGUCAGAUGCGAGAUUGCUAGCAUGCGGUUCUAAGAAGCACUAGCAAUAUCCAGCUGGGCGUCCGCCAUACAUCAG